GAGUUAUUUAAGUUGUUUACCUGAUAAAAAAAAAUACAAAAUCAGAUGUGCAUGAUUACCCACCUAGGCCCAGAAAGGCUCUAUCGAACCGACCACUGAUGAAGUUGGAUCGGGUUAGCGGUCUCACGGAUUAUCGCCAUCUUGUUCAGUCUGAGACUAUAAAACGCACUAGAUUCCAGGACUCGUUUUGCUCAGCUGUUUAGCUUUGGAAGUUGUCGAGACCAUCUGAGACAAAGUGAAGAUGAAGGCGUUGAGUUGGUGGCUGAUGCUGGUGGGUUCACUUAGGCUGGUCUCUGUUUGGUUCGGCUUCUUCGACAUAUGGGCUCUCCGUCUAGCUGUCUUCUCCAAAUCCCCAAUGACUGAAGUUCACGGAAGGACAUUUGGUGUCUGGACUCUCCUUACUUGCACACUAUGCUAUCUUUGUGCCUUUAACCUUGACAACAAGCCACUGUACCUUGCUACCUUUCUAUCAUUCAUCUAUGCGCUUGGUCAUUUCUUGACUGAGUACCUAAUCUACCACACCAUGGCCAUUGCAAAUCUAUCAACUGUCGGCUUUUUUGCAGGCACAUCGAUUAUAUGGAUGUUGUUGCAGUGGAAUUCACAUCAACCUCACGCUGUGUUAAAAUCAGAAUAAAGUGUCUGAUUACUGCCUCAGCUUUCUCCACUUUUGUUGAUGGAUCCCUUCUUCAAGCAUAUGCUUUGUUCUCAGUAACUGUAGAUUUAAUUCUGAUGCCCAUCUAUUUCACUGAUAUUGACCGUUACAGUUAGAACUUAGAAGUCUUACUCUAGACCCUACUGAGAUGAAAAUUCUUGAGUGACUGUCAGAGUUUUAAAUUGAGAAAAUGAGAUACAAAGUUUGUACUCAUUCAGUUCUGUUAUUGUAGUUGCCAUUGUAUAAAAUUCUUGAUGUUCUGUUUC